UCGACUGUGAUGUGGCUAUCGAAGAAAAUCUGCACGACACCAUCCAUUAUAGCGUUUUGGCUGCGUCCGUUCCAUACACAAUGGAUAUCCUUCGGCCAAACCAGAGAAGAGGGCGAUAUGACUAUUGUAUCACCGCCAAUCGUGCAAUAUCAACACAAACCACACAUGUAGGUAAAGAUAGUCUUCCUCGACCGGAGCAGCUAUUCCUGGCGACCACUGUUGAUGGCUACCCCUUUUGUCUCGCGGCGCAGCGCAGUUCGGGGUUACCGGAGGAGUGAUGCUAAGAUAACUUCAAUGCUCUCCCCUCGCACCAAUAAAUUGACAAAGUCGGGACGAGAGAUAAGGCACGGCAUUCUGUAAACGGGUAAAUACUGGACUGCAAGUAGUACAGAGUGGAAAGCCGCUCGUUCUGGCGCCCUGAGUGUGCUGAUCAUGCCCGAGAAGACGACGGCUGUGCUACUUGCACGUCGG